AUGACACUUGAAAUAUACUUUUGGGUAGAUUCUCAUAACACGCGUAUAAACAAAAAAAAUAUCAUAAAAAAGCACAACAAUGUAUUUUCAACAUUUUCAAACCUAAUCAAACUCAAUAAAGGCAAGAACAUUAUGUCCCAAAAAGAACAAUCAGAGCUUCUUUCACCACAAGAACCAAGAGAAGAAACACCGACAAUAACUUCUCAAUCUGAACUUAUAACAACUACACCAAAAGCAGAUGACCAAAAUGCAGCUGAUCCACAACCAGAACAACAGCCUCAAUUGAAUCAAGAACAAGAUGAGUUUCAGAACAAUCUCACUUUACCUAUAUCCAAAAUCAAGAAAAUUUUUAAAAUGGAUCCUGAAUACACUGGUGCAUCUGCAAGUGCGGUUUAUACUGCUGGCCUAGCUACAGAAUUGUUUGUUCAAUAUUUUGCUGAACAGGCAAGUUUGUUGGCCAAAAUGGAAAAGCGUAAAAAGAUUCAGUAUAAAGAUUUCUCAAAUGCAGUAGCUAGUCAUGAUGCUUUAAACUUUUUAAGUGAUACUAUACCUCGAACUCAACCUGUUGGUGAAUUGGUCCAACAAAAAAAGAUCAAUGUAAAACAGACAGCACCGAAAACCACCAAAGAUAAAAUUGAUGACAAUACAAACCCUCAAGCUGGAGGUGAUAUUGUGAAGAAAGAUUUGUUGGCAAAAGGUCAACAAACGUUGAAUUUUCCAAUUGCAAACUCGACUACGUCGCUAAAAACUUCCGAAACUCCUGUCAAGAAAUCGGUAAUUCUGAAUUUGGUAUCAACUGAAGAUGAUAGAAGUACAACAGGUGGUGAUGAUGACAUAGUAAUGAAAGAUUAA